ACUGUCACCUCAGCAAGAAGGCUCUCUGCGUGUACUUCCAGCGUGUGGCUGCGACAGAAUGCCAGCGUGGAGAAAGCCCGGGAAUAACAGGACACAGACGCACGGACCGAUCCGCCCCCUCGCCUCGGGAAUGGAAAGGCGCAGCGAAUAUACGUCACGCCGCGUGGCGGGACUUCCGUCUUGAGCCUCGUCUUUGACGGAAGCCGAGAGGCCCCAUUUCGCGUGGGUUAACGCACUAACUCAAGAAUCAGGCCGGGUCGGGGGAACGUCUUCUGGCCGUUUAUCUCGCCUGCGCUGUCCUCUCAGCCUGCUCUUCCGUUAAGAGUGUUUACAUUUGGCCAAAGCUUGGGCUUGAGGAGGACUCACUCCUUUCCGACGCCGGCCAUUGUCUGGUCCUGCCUUUCUUCCGGGAGGCAGCGUCCGCCGCCGGGAAGUACCGUUCUCGCCGGUGCCGGUGUUCCCUCGAAAACCGCGUGUUCUGAAUUAGUCUCCGCCUUCCCUGGGUGGGAGCAGGGGGAGCUCUGCCGGGCCCCGGCGGUGGUGCAGGCUGUGGUAGAAUUGGAAUAGAAGGCCCCGCGCGACCCCGCCCUCGACUGUCGCUGGGGACCUCAUGGGGGUCCACGGGCUGUGGAAGCUGCUGGAGUGCUCCGGGCGGCAGGUGAGCCCGGAGACGCUGGAAGGGAAGAUCCUCGCCGUGGAUAUCAGCAUUUGGUUAAACCAGGCACUAAGAGGAGUCCGGGAUCGCCAUGGAAACUCAAUAGAAAACGCCCAUCUUCUCACUUUGUUUCAUCGGCUCUGCAAACUCUUAUUUUUUCGAAUUCGUCCUAUUUUUGUGUUUGAUGGGGAUGCUCCACUGUUGAAGAAACAAACCUUGGCUAAGAGAAGGCACAGAAAGGAUUUGGCAGCCACUGACUCCAGAAAAACUACAGAGAAGCUUUUGAAAACAUUUUUGAAAAGACAGGCUAUCAAAACUGCCUUAAAAAGCAAAAGAGGUGAAGCGCUCCCCAGUCUUACUCAAGUUCAAAGAGAAGAUGACAUCUAUGUUUUGCCACCUUUACAAAAGGAAGAAAAAAACAGUUCAGAAGAAGAAGAUGAAAGAGAAUGGCAAGAAAGAAUGAGUCAAAAACAGGCAUUACAGGAAGAGUUCUUUCAUAAUCCUCAUGCCAUAGAUAUUGAGUCUGAAGACUUCAGCAGCCUGCCUCUUGAAAUAAAGCACGAAAUCUUGACUGACAUGAAAGAAUUUACCAAGCGAAGACGAACCUUAUUUGAAGCAAUGCCAGAGGAGUCUAAUGACUUUUCACAAUAUCAGCUCAAAGGCUUGCUUAAAAAAAACUACCUAAACCAACACAUAGAAAAUGUCCAAAAGGAAAUGAAUCAGCAACAGUCAGGACAAAUCCAAAGGCAAUAUGAAGAGGAAGGGGGCUUUUUGAAGGAGGUAGAGUCAAGGAGAGUAGUCUCUGAAGAUACUUCACAUUACAUCUUAAUAAGAGGUAUUCAAGCUAAGAAAGUUGCAGAGGUGGGUUCAGAGUCUCUUCCUUCUUCCAGCAAAAUGCGCAGCUGGUUGUCUGACGUGAAGUCAUCUCCAUGUGAGGCACUGAAGCCAGAGAAGGAGCCUGCCGCUACCCCUCCUUCUCCAAGAACUUCCCUGGCUAUGCAGGCUGCCAUGCUGGGAAGCAGCUCAGAAGAGGAGCAGGAGAGUGAGAAUCAAAAGCAGUCUGAUGUGAAGAAUGCACCUGUGUCCCCGCUUACUCUCUUAGCUAUUCAGAAGGUUCUCGACGAUGAUGAAGACAUGGAAGCACAUGCUGGAAAUGACGUGCAGAUAGGAGGGUCAGCAGUGAAAACGCUGCUUGGGAACAGUUGCCACGAAGAAGCUGUUGAAGGCCUUAAAGAAGGAGGUGGAGAAGGAAUGCUGUUGCCAGCAGGACCCCAUCUGACCCAUGUGAACUCUGCUCAUGAAACCAGCCCUGACACCAGCAGGAGGCUGGCAGACUCAGCUCAUUUGUCCCUUCCCGUCUUCUGUCCAGGCAGUGAAUCUAGUGUUCCAAAAGAAGAAAUGUCACUUAUUCGUGUGGUGAGUGAAGCCUUUCAGAAAAGCUGUGAGUCUACCGUUAAGGGGAGAAAAGACCCCAUUCCUUCAGAAAGCACAGUGGUGAUGCACAGCGAUGCACCUGGGCUCCAGAGUGGGAGAGAACUGACACCAGUACCUUCGAUGCGUUCAAGUUCUGUAUCAAGGAAUGAAACAUACACCAAAGAGCCUGAGCUACAACCAGACCUUUGUCCAUCAGGUGGCAAAUAUGAUUCCUCUGUUCUUUCAACUGAUGAUGAAACAGAAGGUGAAAAAAAUCAUGUUUCUGAAAUCAUUGACACUGUCAGUUUGCAAGAAAUGAGUAAUACACAAAGUAUCCCUUCAGAGAUAAUAAGUAACUUGGAAAAUGCAGUAUCCUUUAAUUCUAAAGAGAAUGAGAAUUUCCUGAAAACCAUCCAAGAACAUGAGACAAUGGACUCUGUAGACCAGGACUUAAUUUCAGUUCCAAAGUCCAUGGAGCCAAUGGAAAUAGACUCUGAAGAAAGUGAAUCUGAUGGAAGUUUCAUCGAAGUACAGAGUAUAAUUAGUAAUGAUGAACUUCAAGCUGAAUUACAUGAAGCUUCUAAAUCUCCCUCCACACAAGAUGAAGAAGAACUGAUAGGAACUAAGAAGGAAGAAGCCACUGGUGACUCUGAGGGCCUCCUAAGACACAGCUCUGGAAGAGAGGCUUUGGAUGUGGAGCCACAUGAAGAAGCUGAAAAAGACACAGACAGUUCACUCAAUGAAUGGCAAGAUAUUAAUUUGGAGGAGCUGGAAACUCUGGAAAGCAGCCUGUUAACACAGCAGAAUUCGCUGGAAGCACAAAAACAGCAGCAAGAACGGAUUGCUGCUACUGUGACGGGGCAGAUGUUCCUGGAAAGCCAGGAACUUCUUCGCCUGUUUGGCAUUCCCUACAUCGAAGCUCCCAUGGAAGCAGAGGCACAGUGCGCCAUCCUGGAUCUGACCGAUCAGACUUCUGGAACAAUCACUGAUGAUAGUGAUAUUUGGCUGUUUGGAGCACGGCAUGUCUAUAAAAACUUUUUUAAUAAAAACAAGUUUGUAGAGUAUUACCAGUAUGUGGACUUUCACAACCAACUGGGAUUAGACCGAAACAAAUUAAUAAAUUUGGCCUAUUUGCUUGGAAGUGAUUAUACAGAAGGAAUACCAACUGUAGGUUGUGUUACAGCCAUGGAAAUUCUCAAUGAAUUCCCUGGACCUGGCCUGGAACCUCUGCUUAAAUUCUCAGAGUGGUGGCAUGAAGCUCAAAAAAAUAAGAAGAUAAGACCUAACCCCUAUGAUACCAAAGUGAAAAAAAAAUUGCGCAAGCUGCAGCUCACACCUGGCUUUCCCAACCCAGCUGUUGCAGACGCUUACCUCAAACCUGUGGUGGAUGAGUCUAGGGGGGCAUUUCUGUGGGGGAAGCCGGAUCUGGACAAAAUUAGAGAAUUUUGUCAGCGUUAUUUUGGGUGGAACAGGACGAAGACAGAUGAGUCUCUGUUUCCAGUAUUGAAGCAACUGAACGCUCAGCAGACGCAGCUCCGAAUUGAUUCUUUCUUUAGAUUAGCUCAACAGGAGAGACAAGAUGCUAAGGGUAUUAGGAGCCAGAGACUUAACAGAGCUGUGACAUGUAUGCUGAGAAAAGAGAGAGAAGCAGCAGCCAGCGAAAUAGAAGCAGUGUCUGUUGCCAUGGAGAACGAUUUUGAGUUCCCUGAUAAGGCAAAAGGAAAAACCCAGAAGAGAAGCAUAGCAAAUAAAUGGAAAGAGUCAUCAAGCCUGAAAAGAAAGAGGCUUUCAGAUUCUAAGCAAGAGAGUAAAUGUGGCGGAUUUUUGGGGGGGGCCUGCCUCUCGCCGUCAUCUGGGACCUCUUCAGGGGAGGACUGUGAGUGUGUGUCUUCAGUGACCGUGCCACAGGAGAGAUCGGCCCCAGAGGUACCCGCUAGCCACCCGGGUCUGCAGAGCACAGCGACCCCUGCUCCUGCCAGGGACCAAGAUGCCAGCAGCAGCAGCUCUAGUGAUGAUGACGGAGGGAGAUUCGCACCAGUGCUGGUGACCGCCAGAUCUGUGUUUGGGAGGAGAAAGGGGAAGCGGAGAGGUACAAGAGGAAGAAAGGGAAAAAGCCAAUUAAUUUAAAAAUCAUGUAUUCUCCAUCAUCGGGUGCAACUUAACAUCUCGUAAUGAAUUUGUUGUGAGGAAAUAAUACAAUUAAAAGCAUUU